CACACAAGAUGAAGUAUUCAAUGACGUUUUCCAAGAUGGCCGACCAGACAGAGGAAAAAGGAAGAAGCGUUUCUUUUACGUUUUCAAAGAAAAAGGUGACUCCAAAACUUGUACAAACCAACAAGGAAUAUAGAAAUGAUGAAAAUAAAACAGAAACUGAUAAAGAUUUUAUACAUUCUGCUGAGGGGAAAGUUUUAAAGAGGUAUUUUUACUGUUUUAGACUUUUAGUGUUUUAUGUGAACUAUAAAUGAUUGAAACGUAUGAAUUUAAAACUUGUAUUAUCAUCACAGUUUCUUUAAUAUGUGAACUAUUUCCCUCAGUUUCAAUCAGCAAUUUAUGUCUUAAUUAAAUGUAUUUUAUAGUACUAAGCUAAAGGAAAAUGUGAAAGAAUUAGUUAUUCCAUGUCGGAAUAGAAGUGAUGUGUUGUUGGCCAAAAUACAGAAUGCUGCAGGAAAUACAUUGGACAAACAAGCUGCAGAGGAAAUUAUUAAAGGUAUAGGAAUGGUUUUAGGAUGAUGGUUAGGGUUUAUUAAGGAAGAUGUGGGGAUAAAGAUUAUAGUUUAUAGGGUUUAUAGGGAUAAGAUUGGGAUUAUUAGGAUAAGAUUGGGAUUAUUAGGAUAAGAUUAUGUCACACAAUUUUUAAUCCAUCAAAACAUUAGAUAUAUGCAAUGCAAUGUGGGAUACAUGUGGGUCAAAUAUUCAUUGUCUGACAGUGAUGUAAUGUAAGGACUUCUUAGGUCAAUUGUAUUAGAUUACUCUACAUAUUCUCCUUAGACUUGACAAGUGCUGAAAAGGUUGAAAACAAGACAGAAAGCAACUUUGCGAUUCCAUUGUUGGCAAGAACACAUUUGGUUACAACAGGGGAAACAACAAGUAACCCAGAGAGUUCAGCCAUUCUUGAGGAUGAGGUUUGUUUCUAUGUUAGAUCUACACAUUCAGUGAGCCAAUCAUCAUUGAUAUACUAAGAUAAAAACCUUCGUAUUUGCCUGAUUAUUUUAGAGUAACUUAGAAGAUUACGAUGCUGUACCUGUGGCAGAGUUUGGAGCUGCAAUGCUCAGGGGAAUGGGGUGGAAAAAAGGCGAGGCAAUUGGAGGAACAAAUAAAGGAUUAGCAGUACCGAUAGAAUUCAUUCCACGUGCACAAGGACUGGGACUAGGUGCUGAACGACGGCAUGAAGAGGGUGGAAAGAAACGCAGGAGGAAGCCUGGUGAUGAAAAAUCAUCUCAGGUAAUCCAGGGUUCCCAUUAGCAACCUGCACCCAGUGAUUUUUCAAAUCCAAAGCGUAGACAAUCACCGGUCAUUUCUCCAGAUUAUAACCCAAAAUAUUUCCUUACCAAAAUGUUGAGGGAAAGGUUUCUUGCUUUUCUAACAUAAAUUUUACGCAAUAUGCUUCGGUAAAUUCUAAAGUGUGUUAUUUAUUUUCAAGAAUUCAGGACCUAUCUUUGAAAAGAAUGGUAAAGUUCGACAUUUCAAAGGUUUGGAUGAAAAAAUACCUGAUCGGCCAAGUCAAGGUAUAUUGUUGAAUUAAUCGUUUGUCUUUCUUGAAAGUAAGAUGUUGAGCCGAAUAUAUUUUCCUCAUUCUACAGCUACAACGUUUUCCAAAGGUGGGUACGUUGUCAUAGAGUCUGGAACACACAAAGAUCUCAGUGGCAAGGUGGGUAUAUGAAGGAAAAAACAAUUAGAUAAUGGGCAUUUAGCAGCAUGUUUUAUUCUACAGUAUGUUUCAUUCUUAUUAGAUAACUGCUGUUGAUGAAGAUAACGCCAGAGUCAUUGUUCAUCUUGCCAUGAACGGAGAGGUAUAUUUCUUCAAUGAUAAUGACGCUAGUUCUUGUCGAGUAAAGCCCAUUUUCCACUGGGCGAAUUUGUUCACGCAAAGCGAAAAACGAAUCUUGGGAAUGUGAUUGAUCAGCGAAAAAAUUCGCCGCGAAAAAGUUGGAUCAGCUCUUACUUUUUUACUGUUCGCACAAACAAAUUCGCCUAGUGGAAAAUGGACUAAAGGUCCACAACGCGACGCGAUUUUUCAGUUUUUGAAAGUUAAUAAAACAGCCGAUGAGAGCAAAUUUUGAAAGAUAUAUACACCAAAUAACUCAAAAUGUGAUAGCGCUUCUAAAUAUUUGGAAAAUUUAAACUACACUCAAAGUUAUCGGUCAGUGAAAAUGGAAACAUCGCGUCGCGUUGUCAAAUCGCAUCCGGUGUGUCUGGACCUUAAGACAUUCACAAAUCCUGCUCGACUACUUUUAUAGGAACUGACUGUCAGUCAACAUAAUGUCAGACUGGUGGACAGAGAUGAAUAUAAACAGUUCGCCAAAGGUAGUUAUUCGAUACCAUGGAUAAUUUUAAAAAUGUACACGAUUAACCUUCAGUAUAUUGCACUGGAUUAUCGCAUAACAGGUCAUUUAUAAUUUUCAGGUAAUCCUUCACAAAACAAUGAAGACAAGUACAGAAAAACGAAAAGACAACGAGAAAACGAUGAAAGGCAAAUUCUCUUACCCUAUUUCGUUGUUAAACAUUUAUUAAACAUUCGUAAACCUACGUCUUUGUUAAUGCAAUACUAAACUAUUUUUUAUGAUGUUGAAAAUAUAAAGAGAACGGACUUUCUUGAAUGUGAUAAUUUAACAAUGUAAUGACACUCAAAUUUCAUGGGAAUGUUUCUUGUUUUAAAUAGAGAAAAUAGUCGGGACUACAGUCCGAAGAAACACAAGUCAAAACACAAAAAGCAGAGCAAGGAUGAAUCGGGGAGAAUAUCCAAAGAUACUUAUGAACGAGAGUGUCGAAUGGAUGAUGAGCCAUGUUGGAUGGCGCCUCUUAUCCGAGUUCGAAUAAUUAGUAAAAGUUUUAAAAAUGGAAAAUAUUAUCAUAAGAAGGUAGGUGUAGUUAUACAGACAGUGUAGAUCAGAUAUAACCCAACAUCAACCAUCGUUAUUAUGCGGUACAUCCUUGUGGAGCAACGUAACUAAACCGCAACUUUACUGCAAGCGAACCACAACUAAACAUCUGCCCAACCCCCUGCGAACCGCGACCUUGCAGCGGACUUACUGCUAUUUUGCUCAUUUGAAUUUUUAGGCAGUUAUUCAAGAUGUUGUUAGUCGAACAACUUGUGUAUGCAGGACAGAUGAAGGGCGAUUACUUGAAGGUAAAAAAUACGAAAUCUGUCCAAAACAAAAAUUUGAAAAAGCAUCUUAGAUUUGAAUAAUCGUCAUGGUCUGUAAUUAACACAAUUAAUUUUCAUGAAAAUUAUAUCUCAUGAUUAUAUCUAGAUGUUCCUCAAAGCGUGUUGGAAACGGUGAUUCCGAAAGUUGAUCCAAGAUUAAUUCUAUUUGUCCAAGGAGAGCACAAAGGAUUGGUAAGAAUAGGUUAACCAGUUUGAGGACGAGUGUCUUUGGUUGUCCCUCUCGUGCCCGUCAAUAGGGAGUUUAAGAUGCCGACAACGAACAAUGGGUACGGAGUACGGUUGAAAGCUUGUUUUCGCAGACAAAAUUUACAUAUCCCCAGAACAUACUUUUCACUGUAGUGAGCUUGGCUACAGCGUAAAAAUCACAUUCUUGUGUUGUAACACAGAAUGUCAGAAUCAAGAACAUAGCACCGAAACUGACUACGCAACAUUGCAGGUUGGAGAGUAUUUUUAUAAAGAAAUGAUGAAAAUUAAAAGAUGAAACUUACCGAACACAAAGUCAUGCACAUAAAACAUAUUUGGGAUAAAUUUGUUAUGACAAGCAUUUCAGUAUUUGCAUACAUAUAACAAAAACUAUUUCAAACGUAGUCAGUUUCGUCGUCAAGAUCUUAAACUCCCUAACACCACGCCUGUUAAUCACAGCCUGCUACACAGAUUGUUGGUUGGAUAAACAUAUCAAUUCCAAAUUGCGUUUCAUCAUUUUCAUCUAUUAAAGUUUUUAAUGAUGAUAGAAAUAUUUCUAUGGGUUUGUUCCAGUUUACGUAUGACGUAGUGUCAAUUAUAUGAAAGCUUGGGAUCGAUAGAGGUAGUUGUAUCCCUAUCAAUCCAAAACUUUCUUAUUUAAUGAUAUACUCUAAUCUAGGUUGGUGAGAUUGUGCAGACAGAAUCGUCCAAACAACAAGCAGUAAUUCAAAUCCUGAGAGACAAAAACGUCGUUAAAUCGCAUUAUGAUGAUAUUUGUGAGUAUACUGAAGAUGUCCAUCGAGAAUGAUGUCCAAUAUGUACAAGCAAGUGAAUGAGAGAUAUUUAUUCAUUUCAAGAGAAGGCAAUUUCGGUCUGAGAGGAUACUAAAAUUUUGGGGGCAAUGAAUUGCCUUCGGUGAAGGUUAAUUAUUUCUAUAGUUCUGUAAAUAAAAUGAAAUGUACCAUAGCAAUUUUUUUACUGUAAUAAACAUCACGAUUAAACUUCCACUGACACCCGUAGACGGACAAUGACUUUUUCUGCGCCUGUUCAUCGGUAGGUGCAAACAACGG